UCCCCCACAUAUACACCAUAGAAGAAGAGAAAAGGAAAAAAAAAAAAAAAAGAGCUACGGCAAGUCAGAGAAAAAUCACUGGAUUAAGGGACCGUCAUUUCUAUUUAGUUCCAAUUUGUUAUGUUCGUCAUAUGCAUGCGUUUGCGUGUUCAUUUUUCAAUUAUCAGCGUGAGUACGUAAAUUCACUUUGGUGGUUGAAUACGCAGUAAUUCUGCGACCACACUGCUAGCCUGGCAAGCUAACGGUAAAUUUAAGAGUUUUUCUCGACAAAAACUCCAGAAUGAGAAAUCCAACAGUUAGUUAACCCAUCUUGGUUUGUGAAAACUAGUCGGCGGAUCUUCCUUCGUGAGACACGACUGCAGAAUGACAGAUGAUGCCCUCCUACUGGAUGUGCCUGUCAUUCAGCAGCUGUACCACUGGGACUGUGGUUUAGCUUGCUCCAGGAUGGUACUCAAGUACCUGCACCCCAUCAGUGAUGAGCAGUUUCAGAGAGCCUGCUGGGACCUGAAAAUGACUGAGAGCGUGUGGACGAUUGACCUGGCCUACCUCAUGUGCCAUCUAGGGAUCAAGCAUUGUUUUUGCACACAGACGCUGGGAGUUGAUAAGGGCUUUAGGAAUCAGUCCUUUUAUAAGAAGCAUUUUGAUGCUGAAGAAAAUCGAGUGAAUGAGCUUUUCCUUAAAGCAGAGGGCAAAGGUGUGGUUGUGAAGAAAUGCUCCGUGUCCAUUCAGGAAAUCGAGUCUCAUCUAGAAGAGAGCCACGUUGCUAUCGUGCUCAUCAACGCUGUCAUCCUCACUUGCGAACUCUGCUCUGCACCUGUCAAAUACUGCUGCUUCCUUCCUGUGGGCCAGAAGUGUUUCUGCAGGAAACCAGAGUAUCAAGGGCAUUUUGUCGUGCUGCGCGGCUUCAACAGGACCACCGGCUGCAUCUUGUACAAUAACCCUGCAUAUUCUGACCGGGUGUGCUGCACCACUGUCAGUAACUUUGAGGAGGCACGUCGGAGCUACGGGACAGAUGAGGACAUUCUCUUCAUUUUUAAAGCGAGCUGAUGUGGAUUUGACUUCACCGUGGACUUGUUCAGUAGGUCCCCAUCCUGCUUUGGCCCCAUCUCCCCGCCUCCCCUCAUUGGUGCUAAUGAGUCUAGCUGCUCGUAAGAAAAAGACUUCAACACUUGGAUUUUCUCUUUUACAACCAACACCACUCAGCCUGUUUGGGAAGUACUCAACAGGCGAUGCUCAAUUGUUUUUAAUUAUGCUUUAUUUUUUUACAUGAGUAGAUCAUUUUACUAAGAAUAUAUUAGGAUUUUUGAAUGUCUGGCUUUUUUAAGAAAACCUCAAACAACAGACGGUAUUGUGGUUAAUGCUGACCUAGUUUAGGAUUAUUCACAAAGUGGUGUGCACAUCAUUCAGGUCUUGGGAAUUUCUUUUAUUCCUAUGUGUUUUUAAGUCACCAGUAUUAUCUGAAGUCCAAACUCAAUUUUUGUCAUUUUGUUCACAUUUUCAUUGCGACAAGGAAACUAGUUGGGCUUUGAAAGUCUCAGGUAAUUAAAAUAGCCUUACAAAGAUCAAAAGCAGUUUUGAAGGAUGCUGUCGGCGGGCUAUUCAUUUAACAAUGUUUAUAAAUUUUUGUAGUUGUGAUUUCCAGUGCUGAUGUAAAACUGCACUUCAUCAUAAGACAAAUUGUUAUUCUAAUAUUUUGUCAAUUUUUUUUAUCUAAAAAACACCUCAUUAGUGGUAUAAACUCAAACUGAGCAUUCAUUUAUGAUUAGCAUUGAAAGUAUCUCUCAUCACACAUGUAUAGGAGACCAUAAAAAUGCAUUGAUCGAUAAUCUUGCGACGGAAAUUCAGGUGUCCUCAAUGCGGUGUCCUCUGAGUGUAUAUUAUGAACCAAUCUCAGAUUUUAUUCCUCCUAAAGGGAAACUGGAUUCCAUGAAAUGAUCCAAAACAGAAGCUGCCAUUAAGAAGAACAUGCUUGAAGAUCCGUAACUUACUGUGACGGAACUGUUGUUCAUGUUUUCUGUUAAGAUAAGCUUCAGUAGAAGGUUUCUGUUUUGUGGAAACAAAUCAGCUGGAGCAUGCUUAGAUUUUUUGCAUUGCCAUUUUCUUGCGAAUGUCAUUGCACUCCACUUUUCACGCACAAUUAUGUUGUUUAAAUUAAACAUUUAAUCCUA